GCAGAGGCUGGGAAGUAGUUGGUGUGUAAGUGUGACUGAAGUUCAGUUUUCUCAUUCUUUCUUUAUCCAGGUUUGAGUUCAGUAUGCCUUUCCUUCUGAGUUUGAAACAGUCUCAAGAAAGAGAGAUAUGCAUUGGCGUGAACAACCAGAGUUACUUCUGUGAAACAGGACACUGUUGUGGAGAGUCACAAUGCUGUAACUACUAUUAUGAGCUUUGGUGGUUCUGGCUUGUUUGGACCAUCAUCAUCAUCCUGAGUUGUUGUUGUGUCUGUCACCAUCGGCGAGCCAAGCUCCGUCUGCAACAACAGCAACGGCAACGUGAGAUAAACCUCAUCGCCUACCAAGGAGCCCGGAACUACUCCUUGCUCCCACUCUACCUGAGAUUUUUGCCAAGUUAUUUACUCCCUCCUUAUGAAGAAGUGGUGAACAGACCAGUGACCCCACCACCUCCCUAUAGUGCCUUUCUUCAUCAGCAGUGUGUCACAGACUGUAAUAGCCCCUCAAAUCCUGAGCCAUCUAGGUCCCCCAACACGCCGACUAACUCCGUGCCAACAGUCUGUGAGGUGGUGCCCCGACAAGGCAGCACUCUGGACCUGGACUCGCCCCUGUUGUACUCGGAAAGUGGCUUGAACAAAACUCAGACGGCGAGCCAGGUGGAGGACCUGGGCCCUACCUCGGAGCUGGAGCCUGUGCGUGCUUGUUGCCUGGACCUGGAGGAGGAACUGAGCUGCCCCGAGAAAGAGCAACUGACUGACUAUUAUCCGAGCUCUUCCUCGAAGAUCGAAAGCUGGCACCACCAGGCGUGCUUGGAAAUCAAAGAUGUGGAUAAGAUGCCAGGGAGGCACCGCAGGUUCACUGGCGAUUCUGGGAUCGAGGUCUGUGUUUGCAACAGGGACGAUGAUCCAAAGGAGCUGGAUGGUCUGAUUGAUGGUUUGGAGGGUGCGAUGGAGUUCUGUGACAGCUGUAACAUGUGUGAUUCAUGCCCACGAGGGGACAUGAGGGAGGAAGGCCUGGCUGAAGUGAAUGAGCAACAGGAUUGCAAGGAACAGCGUGUCCCAGAGGAGCCGGUGUGUCUUUUGCUGGAUACCAUCAAUGAGAACGAGUUGCUUCAAGCUCAUCAGCAUCACGAUUCCCAAACCUAACUGCAGCUCGUCCCAUCAGCUGCACUCUUCAAUAUCUGUGCUUAAGGACUCCUCGGACUCUCUUCUCAUUGAGCUUCGAAACCAUCCUGGUAUCUGCAUGUACCUGGGAGAGAGAGACGGCAAAAAGAUGGUUGAUGCCAGACUGUUGACGGUAUGGAGCAGAGACUGUGCUGGCAACAUUGAACCAAGAGAAAUUGGUCAGGCUAGCUACAUGACUAGCAUUCUAUGAUGGUUAAUGUUGACCUGUCAUAUUGUAGUAUAGAUGCAAUUUUGACGUCAACUGGAAUUUUGUAUCCAAAAUUUAAAUUUUUAAUCAAAACCUAUUUGCAUGGGAUCAUGGCCCUACAUUCAUCUUGUCAGUCAGAAAGACCACUUUACUUUUCUUUACCUGUGUCCUAAUAAGAGAGACAGCUUUAUAGAUCUGGAUUGAAAUCCCAAAUAGAAUAAAAACUGGAGACUUUAGUCCUGGCACAUGGGUGUGCUUUUGAAUAGCAGGAGUGAGAGGGGCUCUCUCUUCAGGGACUGUGAAUACUGGCUUUAAAAUGCAUAAAGGGCAUCUUUCCUCAUUGUUUAUCUCUGUCUCGACAGAAGCACAAGUUGCAUUGUUUCGGUUACUAAGGCUUUGACUUUUUUACAUUUGCAUUGCGUAUGAGGAUUCAGGAAGUGUGUGAAGAUAGAUGAUCGGAUCACCUGCAGAAGCUGACACAGUGAGAAACACAACAAAAAGCCAUAACUGGGUUGGAUAUGCAAUUUUUCCUUGUCCUGAGUCUGUAACUACGAAUCUAAUGUAGGUGGUGACUAACUGGUAUGGGUGCUGUUGCUGGGAAUGAUUUUCUUUUUAAAACAAGUUUCCCAAGCGAAACAAAGUUGGCUCUGGUUAUGCUGUUUAAUUUGGUGUACAUUGUAUCAUUGAUAGACUCGGAUCUGCUGUGCAAGUGAGAACAGUCACACUGUCUCUCUCAGUCCCUCUCUUACUCUCUCUCUCUCUCUCUCCCUGUCUCCCCCUAAUCUGUCUCAGUCACACACACACCAGAGCUGCUUCUCUACCAAUGCUGUGUCUAAUUCAUAUAAUAGCACAAACAAAUUUCCUCUGUGUGUUCUGCUGCAAGUUUGCAAAUUCAUUUAUCUACACAGCAUGAAGAUUAAGACCACUGUGCGCGUGCGCGUGCGUGUGUGUGUGUUUGUGAGUAUCUGUGAAAACAAAUUGGGAUUUAUAUUUUGCCUUUCGUAACCUCAGGGUAUCCCAAAGCGCUUUACAACCAAUGAAUGAAUUCUUGAAGUGUAGUCACUGUUGUACUGUAAGAAUUGAGGCAACCAAAUUUUCCCACCCAGCAAUCUCUAACAAGCAGCAAUAAGAAAGACAACAAGGUGCAGAGCUGGAUGAACACAGCAGGCCAAGCAGCAUCAUAGGAGCAGGAAAGCUGACGUUUCUGUAGCAAUAAGAAAAGUGUGUUUUAGAUGUUGGUUGAGGGAGAAACAUGGGCCAGUAACUGGGAAGACUGCUGCUUUUUGAAUGGCAGAGUGGGGUAUUUAGUGUCCAACCACAUGGGCGGACACGACCUCAGUUUAAUGUCUGAAUGAUGGCAGUGCUGGGCUGCAUUUGAAGUGCAGAUUCAGUAUGAGUGCAUACACAGUGUUGGAUGUGCACACUGAAAUGCCAAACCUGUUACCAGGGCCUGAGCACAGCUCUGAUUCAUCCCUGGCCAUCUAUCUAUGUUAUUAUAACAUACAAGCCAGCUUUCCUUCCUCCCUCCCUUCCAUUUUGUUUUUGACCCCACCACAGCCCGAUACUUCUGUGAUUUUUUUGAAUCUGGCAUUAGGUUACAGGGUGAGCUGUACAAUUAUAUUGACGGUGAGUGAGUCCUUUAUUCAGGGUGCUGCCCUCAACAGCUCAGGAAUGACUAUCUCAUCUGUUGUUAAAUACUGGAACAGUCCGACAUGUGUCGGGCCGUUCAUGACUGGGUCAGAACCAGCUGCAAGUUGUCUGUAACGCCAGUGAUGUCACUAUUUGAGAGAGGUAGCCAUUUGAAAUGGAGAACAAGAGUUGUGUAAUGCAAAAGUGGAAGAUGGAAAGGUAACCUGACCUUACUAUAACUGAGUAAGAUUUUAAAACUGAGCCAAGGAACUUGUAGCACAGAGUUCUACCAGGCUUGGUUGGUACAUUGGCUCUGCACUUACAGGGCUGCCUGUGAGGUAUGGAUUGAGGCAGGUUUCAAAAUUGGCAGCAGGCUGCUGAAGCGAACCUGGUUUUUGUCUGGGCUCGUGGGGGGAUUGGAAUUAUUUGGGGCUGUGGGUGGAUGCAAGCAAACUGCAGUAAAUUUAGAUCCACGCUGACUGAGUUGUGGAAACAGUCGGAGAAUGAUUGAGAUUUCCGGAUCCAUUCACGGGAUUAGUUUAGAGAUUUUUUAAAAAUGCGUUAGGAAGGGGGAAGUCUCUGUGGCACAUUUAACUGGGAAAGUAUGGACUUAAAAUUAGAUUUGUUUUGAUUUGGAAACAGUCUUCAAAUUUUAAAAUAAAAGUGGCAAAGUCUUGAUACAGGUAGAGACUACUGAAUGAAAAAAGAAAUUCUUUUCUAUGAACUGCAGGGAGCUGCAUGCAGUUGUAUAUUAGGCUGGUCUGGUCUUGUCUUAGAUAAUCACUUGAAGACAUGCUCCAUGGAGUACUCCUACCAACUGCUAGCUUUAACUUGGUUUUACCAUUUGUUGUAAUUUUUCCAGUAGAUAUUUUAAUGGUUUAUUAAAAAAGUUAUAGUGUCUUCUGAUCUCAUGGCCAUUGUUUUCCUUUCAAGAGCCUUGUCACAUUACCGUGAGGACUUGAUUUGUUAUCACUCCACACCCCAUCAAACUACAACUGUUGCAAUACAAAUCUGUCAGUUGUGUGCAGUUAUCCGCUUGGUUUGCUGUGGGCUGUUGUAGAAUGGAGAGAGAGUGGGACUAGCUAAGUUGCUACUGAGAGAGCCUCAAGGACACGAUGGACUGAAUGGCCUCUUUUUUUUUCUUAGCCACUCUGAUUCUACAAAAUGUCACAUCUCAACAACUCCCCAGAUCACCUUGAGCUGCAGCAAGGCAGUGUCAAUGGGAAUGGGCUCUGUAUCUGGGCAGUGUUCACAGCAAGCGUUAUCGCUGUCGCUGGAAGCAGCAGCAAAUCAUCUGUGUGAAGUCAGUACCACUCGGUCUGUUGAUGAUUUUACCAAGGUGAUAAUCAUUCAAACAGUUUCAAAUAAAAAUUAAAAGCAUAUAAUUA